AUGGGCGAACACACGAAAAGUGCCUCUACAGCAGCUCAAAAUGCAGCGGCCCUAGCGGCAGAGGCAGAAUUGCAACAGCAGCAUCAUCAUCAGGCCACCACAAGUGGGAGUGCUGGCUUAACUCCCUCUGCAGCAGCAGCAUCAUCGGAUGCACCCAGAAUUAAUGCAUUAACGACCAAGGAUGCGCGAGAAUUACAAGAAAUACGCAAUUUAUUAUGGGGACCAAAUAUACGGCUGGAUGUAUUUCGUCGUUGGUCUCAAGGUUUUGAAUUUAGUGAUGUUGAGCCAUCAGCUUUGGUACAAAAGCAAGGUGGUCCCUGUGCUGUGAUUGCUCCCGUGCAAGCCUACAUUCUAAAGAUCCUUAUUAUGGAUACACCUGGUCAUUUUCUAAAAGAUUUAACACCUGACAAGUGUAAAAGUCUACUAAUACAAGCCCUAUGUACCAUAUUGAGUAAAUGUAAAGCACAACGCUUGCGUUUAGUAACCCUACCUGUUGAUCAGUGUUCCGAAGCCAAAGAAACUACCACAACAUCAGCAGCAGCGACAACAGAUAUAGAAAGUGAUGAUAUAUGUGGUGGUGGUGGCGGUGAUGACGAUGCGACUAAUUUAAAUACAAUUGAUACGGCGUCAGGUGAUGGUGGUGGUCCUUCUGCUGAUGUCCUUUCAUCAUCGUGUCUAACAACAGCUGCCGAUGAAGAAGUCUCACCCGACGAAUACCAUAAUCGCCUACAAGUGAUACACUUUAAUAGCAUUGAAGAGCUAGAAAGAUAUUAUACGCAUAAUUUUGAUAUAUUAUCGGCCAAAUAUGGUGUAUUGCUGUUUAUGUACACCGUGCUGUUGACAAAGGGCAUUGAGAAUGUCAAUUCCGAGUUAUUGGAUACAUCAGAGCCACUGAUACACAAUACAUAUGGUUAUGGUUCGCAGGCAUUGAUAAAUUUAAUGUUAACCGGACGUGCUGUGGCCCAUGUCUGGGAUAAUGAUCAGGAUGUUGGUGGUUUAAAAUUGCGCGGUAUCGAUGAACAAAGUGAUAUUGGUUUCAUUACACUAAUGGAACAAAUGCGAUACUGUACUGUGGGCUCGUUUUAUAAGAAUCCACGUAAUCCGGUGUGGGUUAUGGGUUCAGAAACUCAUUUAACUGUGUUAUUUAGCAAUGAAAAACGUCUGGUUUCACCCGAAACACCAUCGGAGAUUGCCCGACGUGUCUUCAAAUCAUACGAUCCGGAUGGCAAUAAUUUUAUACCAACACCAGUGUUACAAGAUGUCUUGGCAGCUUUAGAUUUAGUCAGCGAAGCUGAAUAUGUGGAAAUAAUGCAAAGACGUUUGGAUCCUGAAGGUUUGGGUAUUAUAUUACUUAAUGCAUUUAUGGAUGAAUUUUUCCCCCAAGAGAAACGUUCAACACCCGACACCUUUGAUUUGAUGCAUUAUAAUGGUAUACCAGGAUCGAAUGAGGGUAAUAAGGUUCGCUAUUGUAAAGGUUCUGCCAUACUUUUGGAAACCGAUUUGAAAUCGGUAUUUGUAUCCAACCCUUUAAUGACAUGCCUACAAACAAAAUGGCCAAAUAUUGAAAUGAAUUGGCAUGAUAUGAGAAUACCAUCAAUGAAUUGACAUCAU